AUGAGUGAGUUAAUGUUGACAGUAGCAGGGAUGGAAGUGAAUACCAACGUAGGUCCUUUUGAUUUUGAUAUAAUUGAAUCGUUGUAUAACCAGUACUCACAUUUGUUAGAAGAUGAGCCGAGCAGCCCCACAUAUUCGUUUAUUCCUUCAAUAAGGUCAAUACCGAUAAUAAAUAGGAUAAUUCCAGCGUUGGAUGAAAAACAGAUACUUAUCAAAAAGUUAUUGUCGGACCAGAAGUCUGCGAUUAGUUAUAAAGAGUGGUUCGAAAUAUCGUUAAAAUUAGACGAAUUAUUAAAUAAUGAUCAGUGGAAAGUGAAUCCAGAAUCGAACCUAUAUGACUAUGAGCUAGUACACAAUAAUCUUAUGGAGAUGCGAAAUGCCCGUAUUUCCAAGGAUUACAAGUUAUUAUUAUAUCUAAUCAGAACAAAAUGGACUAGGAAUUUAGGUAACAUGGGAGACAUCAAUCUAUAUAGGCAUUCGCAUGUCGGCACGAAAACAUUAAUAGAAGACUAUAUAAAAGAAUGUGAAAUGUCACUAGACUACUUAAUAAAUAAUAAGGAAGUGAGUUUGGAUGAUCGUUAUUUGUUAGGUAUGCUUAUUCAAACGAGAAAAAAUAUUGGAAGAACAGCACUAGUUCUUUCUGGAGGUAGCACGUUUGGUAUAUUUCAUAUUGGGGUGGUCAUAACACUACUAGAGUCUAGUUUAUUACCAAGAAUUAUAAGUGGAUCUUCUGCCGGCUCAAUUAUUGCAAGCAUUAUAUGUUCUCAUUCAAAUGAAGAGACUGUGUCUAUUUUGAAUGAUAUUAUGGUUAGAAGGUUUGAUAUUUUUGAAAGCGGAGAUAUUGAAAAAGAAAAAGACGGAGAAAGUUAUAAGAAAGUACUAAAGAAUCUUAGUCAUUUGUUGAAAUAUGGAACACUCUUUGAUAUUGACUCAUUACAAAAUACAAUGAUUGGUCUUGUGGGAGAUUUAACGUUCAGAGAAGCGUAUAAUAGAACAGGUAGAAUUUUGAAUAUUACCGUGUCCCCAACUUCAAUUCAUGAACAAACAAGAUUAUUGAAUUACUUAACAGCACCAAAUUGUCUUAUUUGGUCUGCUGUAUGUGCAUCAUGCUCAUUACCGGGUGUUUUUCCAUCUACGUUAAUCUAUGAAAAAGUUCCUAACACUAAUGGUGUACAAGAAUGGAAUAAUGACGCAUCCAUGAAAUUUGUUGAUGGCUCUGUUGAUAAUGAUUUACCUAUCACAAGGUUACUGGAGAUGUUUAACGCAGACCAUAUCAUUGCGUGUCAAGUUAAUCCUCACGUUGUUCCAAUUCUUAAAGUAUCGAUUAGUUCUAUUGGUGGUGAAGUAGAAAAUGAAAUUAAUUACAAAUUCAAAAACUUUUUAAACAACUGUUAUGAUUUCAUGACAAGUGAAAUCAUUCAUUACCUUCAGAUUUUGAAUGAAAUGGAUGUCUAUAAGACUUUAUCUAAUAAGUUAAUAACGCUUAUUUCGCAACAUUAUUCCGGGGAUAUAACAAUUCUACCUGAUUUUAAAAGCAAAGAUUUCUUUAAAGUUUUCAAAAACCCCACCCCAGCAUUCUUGCUCGAUUUUAUAAUCAGAGGUGCCAGAGCUUCAUGGCCCAAGGUGACUGUUAUAUAUAAUCAUUGUGGGGUUGAAUUCGCGUUGGAUAAGGCUAUAAGUUUAUUACGAGGAAGAUUGAUUACGACCAAUAAUAAGUUAACUUAUAGAACUUCAAACUCAACUAAUAACAAUGUAAAUCAAAACAUAACCUUGGUGAAUCUUCCAGUCAUGAAUUAUGAUGAUUCAAUUUCAUCUCCAGUUACACCAGAAAAAUCAAGAAUAAACAGCUUCAGUCAUGUUCCCCCUAAUAUAAAGAGACAUAAUUCGGCAUCAUCGUCAAUAGGUUUACCGACCAAUACAAAUAGGACUCCGGCUUUUAAAAGAAAUUCAAUAAGCGUUGCCGUACCAUCGACUCAUAAAGCUACAGAUAAACUUUUGAAAGGUAGAUCAACUACGUCUUUGGCUUCGUUAUCUUCUCAAUAUUCCCACCAGAAUAGUAGUAUAUCAGCGGAAACCACUUUAAUCAAUGACGAUGAUAGGUAUGGAAGGUUUGCACCCCUGAAUAAAAGAUUAGAAAAGCACCACAGCUUCCCAGAUAACAUUAAAAACCCAAGUGGCUAUAGCGAAGAUAAUGAAUCAAAUGGUUGGAAGCAGGAAAAAGACCGCCAUGAAAGACAAAAGGUACGGAAGGCUAAAAGUUCUGGGAACUUCCAUAUUGCUGGAAGAAAGCCGGACCCUAAUAGCCAAAAAUUGAAGUAUCAAACUGAAAGAAUACCGUUUUAUAAAGGAAACCCAUAUUUAGAUGCAUCUUCUAAGCAUGCACACUUUGAUUUUGUGGGUCCUAAAGAGUGUGCAGAAAAUGUUUUAAUUAGUGAAACUGAUAACAACAUGGAAAAAGAAAAACCUAACCUACCGAAAUUGUCAAAUAAUAAUUCCUUGAAGAACUCGUAUAUUGGUUUGAAUAGACUUAAGGAUAAUUAUUUAUCAAGAUCUAAUAAUAAUUCUAAUUACAAUCUAAAGGAUGCAUAUAACAGUGAUCUAAUCAAGACUAGAUUGAUGAACUUACACUCCCCAGAUUUAAGAAGGUCGUUUUCUAAGAGUUAUCUAAAUGAUAAUAAGUACUCUCAAGUAUUCAACACUACAGAUAACGAGGAGGAAAGCGAGGAACUCAGAAAUAAUGAAUUGAUUCCAGUAAAGGGGGACGUUAAAGCAUCAAAGUUUAAAGCAAAGGAUAAUGAUAAAGAUGCUAAAAAUAAAAUUAAUGAAAAUAAAGCAAUUGAUGAUAGGGCAGAAAAUAAAGAAGAAAAUGACCUAGAAUGUGACGAAGAUAAUGAACAGGAUAAUGACACGGAUAGCAAUAGUGGUAAUGACGAAGGUAACACUGGAAAUUCUGAAGAGGAAGGCAAAGACGAAAAAGGAGCGAAGAUAAUUGAGCUUUUGGAGGAUAAUUGCAUUGGAGAUAAACAAUCCGAAGGAACGGAGAACGAUGAAAAUGAUGAUUUUUACGAAUGUAACUAA